AUGUCGACAACUACAGACCCCGACCCCCAACAGGGCGCACUUGCUUUCAUUCCCCUCGAGGCGAACCCGCAGCUGAUGACCGACCUGAUUCACAAGCUCGGCGUCUCUCCCGCGCUCCAGAUGCACGAUGUCUACUCCCUCACGGACCCCGAACUCCUCUCCUUCAUCCCCCGUCCUGCCCUUGCCCUCCUCCUCGUCUUCCCCGUCAGCGCAGCCUACGAGAGCCACCGUAUGGCUGAAGAUAGCACCGCCCAAGAGUACACGGCCAAGGGGGACUCGGAGCCUGUGAUUUGGUGGAAGCAGACGAUCCGGAAUGCUUGCGGCCUCAUGGGUCUACUGCACGCUGUGUCGAAUGGGCCCGCGCGGAACUUGAUCGAGGAAGGCUCUACUCUAGACAGUCUGCUCAAAAAGUCAAUUGACCUCCCCCCUGCCGAGCGAUCGCGCCUCCUUGAACAAACACCCGCCCUCGCCACAGCCCAUAGGGAGGCAGCCUCCGUGGGCGACACCGCAGCACCUGAUGCUCAGGACGACGUCGAUUUACACUACGUUUGUUUCGUCAAGGAUACAAGGGGCGGCAUCUGGGAGUUGGAUGGCCGUCGAAAGGGACCUAUCAAGCGGGGUGACCUGGAGGAGAACGAGGAUGUGCUGAGCACCAAAGCUCUUUCCCUGGGUCCUCUCAAGUUCUUGGAGAGAGAAGGCGGCGACCUGAGGUUCAGUGCGGUCGCCCUGGCUGGAUCACUGGAUUAG